AUGCUCCUCUCAUCCACAAUCACAGCGGACAAGCUGGGGGACGACAAUCAGUCUCAUGCUGCAGAUGAAAGACCCCACCCAUCGCGAGCGUGGGGCGUGGGCACAAGUGAGCCACUAGCACUCCCCUCAUGCUACGAGCAGGCCGGUCGCCUCUCCGUCAAGUACAGCAAGGCGGCGGAUCAGCGCCACAUCCUCCUCGUCUACACAGGCAGCAAAUACACCACCAAGUUCGAGGAUGUCAUCGGCGGUGGUGAGGGCCCCACGGAGAUUAUAUCUUGGCGGUGGGGCUAG